AUGACAGUAGGGUUUGCUUGCAAAUUCCUCAGCAUCAUCGGGGUUCGAAGAGACCGUACCACGGAAGUAAAACAGGCACGGCGCGCCUCGGCCGUGCGAAAGAUACGACCGCUAGACUCCUCCGUUGCUGCCGCGUACCCCGACAACACGGUUAUUAACAGUCGCUACACCUUCUACAAUUUUUUGUUUCUUAGCAUCUAUGAGCAGUUCCGAAGGCCCUUGAAUCUCUACUUUUUACUGGUUGCAUGUCUACAGUUUGUCUCUGUGAUUGCGCCUGUUAGCCCUUUCUCCACGCUCUUGCCAUUGCUCUUCGCCUUCACCCUCACCUCCUUAAAGGAGGGGUACGAUGAUGUUAAACGUCACCGGCAGGACGCCAAAUACAACAACGAGAAACGCACCGUAUUGGACUGUGUAUCAGCGUCGUGGAAAUUGUUACCAAACUACAGCAUACGUGUGGGGGAUGUAAUCCUUUUGAAAGAGGAUGAAUCAAUUCCGUGCGAUGUUGUGGUGGUGGCGGCAACGUCCACAGUUUAUAUUCGAACAGAUAACCUGGACGGUGAACUUGAUCUAAAACCACGCGAAAUUGUUUUCCCACAUGCCGUCGCCUUCAAUAGUGCGACAGAGGAAGAAAUACCGGUUUCUUCUGUUCCUAAUCGUAUUCAUGUUCAUGACACUUGUACGGUACUCACUGAGAAGUUGCAGGAUAUCACGCUCACGUGUCCACCACCCUCCGCCAUUAUUGAAUCGUUUGAUGGGCGUGCCGAAUUUGCGUAUAACAGUGGGGGCCGAGAGGAUAGUGCUGCAGUGUGUCUACCCAUGUCCCACCACCAUCUCUUACCACAGUCCUGUGUGCUUAAAAGAACUAAGGCUGCCUUAUGCGUGGCAGUGUAUACUGGGGAAGAGACAAAGUGUAGCAUGAACAAACGACCUCCAGUUGUAAAGUGGUCAAAAAUUGAUCAGGAUGUUUCUCGCUAUGCUAUUUUUGUAUUUUGCUGUCAGCUUGUGAGUGCUUUUUCAUUUGGGGUGGCUGGCUAUUUUUUGAACAAGGGGAUUGAAGAACGUUUUUGGUAUUUGCAGUUACCAUCAACUGAAGCAACGGCUUCCUUUUUCAUUUACCCACUCCGCUUUUUCCUUUUGACGACGGUUAUGAUCCCGGUGUCCUUUAAAUGUGUUGUGGACCUGAGCAAAUACUGCAUGACCUUGACAGUCGAGUGGGAUGAAACGAUGAAGCCGGGGGGACCAAGCAGCGAGGGAUGCCGCGUCAAGAACUCUGACAUACUUGAGGAUCUCGGUCAAGUUGAUUACGUUAUUUCCGACAAAACCGGGACGCUGACACAGAGUGUUAUGGAAUUGCUUUACGUCUCAGUGGGAGAUGACCGCUUGUGUCUGCACGAAGAAGGAACAGAGUCGAUGCAAAGAUCCAGUGUGAGUGUGACAAAUAAUGCGCGCGUAUUACACUUUGGAAUAAUUCUUUCUCUCUGCAACACUGUUGAGACCCUGCACACCGAUUCUCUUUCACUUGAAAAUGAUACUUCACCACCACAGUAUACAGCGUCUUCCCCUGAUGAAGAGGCGAUGUGUCGCGGUUCUGCCCGUCUGAAUGUUCAACUGUUGCACCGAGACGCACGUGAAGCCGUAUUAUCUGUCAAUGGAGUAAGGGAAACGUGGAUAGUUCACCAUGUGUUUCCCUUUUCAUCUGAACUAAAAUCAAUGGGGGUGAUUGUGGAGAAGAAGGCUACAGGUGUGGUGUAUUUCUUUGUCAAGGGGGCGGAUGAUCGUAUUAUUGAAAUGACAGCUCCGGCGUCACCACAGUUUAAUUCCACAGUACUGCAAAACAGAGAAUCGCAGAUAGAUGUGCUAAUAUCUCACUUAAAUUCAUACGCGCAACAAGGACUUCGGACAUUACUGGUGGCAGAAAAAACGCUUUCGAGAGACGACCUCAACAAUUUUCUAGAGAAGGUGCGGUCUACAGAAUUGGUUCUAGACCAUCGACAGGAGAAACUAAAACAAUUACGUGUAGAAAUGGAAACAGGAGUUAUAAUUGCGGGCAUUACCGCUAUCGAGGACAAAUUGCAGGAAGGGGUUCAGGACACAAUACGUGAUUUUAGGCGAGCUGGAAUUAAGGUAUGGAUGUUGACAGGAGACAAGAUUCAAACAGCCGUGCAGAUUGGUCUUGCCUGUACAUUGUACGCACCAGGGAGCCGUUUGAUUUACAUUGUUUCAGGAAGUACUAACGAUGGUGGUACUGGAUGGGAAGAACAUAUGAUGUCCAUUCCUUUGCCGAGUUCACCAAAUGUCGUUGAAAGAGAAGUAAGGAAUUUUUAUCAGGGCGCGGACAUUAUCAGUGAUGAACUAGGUUGUAGUUUGGACUGUUUCCCAGAAGCUAUUUAUCCGAAGAACGAUAUGAAUAAUGAAAGUGGUCGAUGUGACACUACGUUUCCUGCCAUCUUCAAUCACAGCAACUCGGUACUUGUUGUGGAAGGUGGUACAGUUUUAGAGCGUAUUCUCAACACACCAGAAUUGAAGGAACGCUUUGCUGCCUUGAGUGAUAACUGUGUGUGCGUUAUAUGCGCUCGUGUCACCCCCAGUCAGAAGGCCGCGCUGACACAUUUCGUCCGCUCCAGAAAUUUUAUGACAUUGGCAGUUGGCGAUGGUGGAAAUGACGUGGCAAUGCUUCAGGAAGCUCAUGUAGGCGUUGGUAUUAUGGGCAAAGAGGGCCAGCAAGCUUCCCGCGCGGCUGAUUUUUCUAUACAUCGUUUUUCAGACCUUCGAGCACUUGUUUUUGUACAUGGUCAGCAAGCCUACAUGCGUACAGCGUUUAUUAUUAAAUACAGUUUCUAUAAAUCCAUGCUUAUUAGCUUCAUUCAGAUUGCAUACAAUGUCGUGGGGACGUACGUCUCGGGAGGAACUUUUUGGAACAGUUUUGGUCUUACCUUGUGGAACGGCGUAUACACGCUUCCUCAAACCCUGUUCUUCUGCCUGGACCGCAUUGCUCCACGCACAGUUCUGGAACGUCACACAUUCCUCUACAAGAUGACACGACAUGCCACAGACAUGAACAUCAGAGAAUUCUUCCUUGUCUUUAUGCUUCGCGGUGCAGUGCAAUCUGUUUUCACGCUAUGGCUGGUGACGGGUCUCUUUGACGCGAGCUUUGCAUUUCCCGGAGCUGGAUGGGCUGCCACCAAUGAUGUGACAUUUUCUGUGGCAUACUCUGCUCUAAUUAUAUCGCAGAUGCUGACGAUGAUAUUUGAAUCUCAUUCUAUUACCUUCCUUAAUGCGCUUUGGAUAUUUGGAAUGCCAAUCAUCUAUGUUAUCUCGACCUCUUUGUACUCUUCCAUUUCACGGCUACAAUACUUUGGAGUGUGGGAUAAUACAAUAAAUGCGUUCUCCUCACUGGCAGCGUUUGUGGUGGCAUUCGUUUUGGUGUUUCCUGUACUUGGAAUAAUGGUUCUGCGGCAAUCGCUAAAUCCAGAUCCUCGCGAUGUGCUUCGCACGGCAGCCGUGCGGAAUCGGAUGCGUCGGCAAAUGCGGUGGAGAGGUGGAGGAUUUUUAUCGCGUCUCAGUCGUCGGUUGUUGUGUGUGUCGGAGGAGGCCUCCUAUUUGCUUCGUCCCCCGUCCUCUGCAGAGCGUGUGGGUGGGAUUGGCGAAGUGUAG